UUAACACACCGUUCGAAUAGUCUUUUGCAGCAGUCUGCUUAGAUUAGCCGGUAUUUUACCCCUAUUUUGAUGACGUAGUACACAACCACGAGAUUCACGCUUCGUUCUCAAGAUGGCUGACCACAUGGAGACCACACCUUCCAGCAGUAAUGGAAACACCCAAGUUGAUGAAAUGACAUCCAAGGACUACUAUUUUGACUCCUAUGCUCAUUUUGGUAUUCACGAGGAAAUGCUCAAAGAUGAAGUACGCACAUUGACUUAUCGUAACUCUAUGUACCAUAACAAACACCUCUUCAAAGGUAAAGUUGUGCUGGAUGUUGGAUGUGGUACUGGAAUCCUAAGCAUGUUUGCUGCUAAAGCUGGAGCCAGCAAAGUUAUUGGAAUUGAAUGUUCCAGUAUCAUUGAAUAUGGUCAGAAGAUUGUGGAAAACAACCAUCUUGAUAAUGUGGUAACCCUUGUCCGUGGCAAAGUUGAAGAGGUGGAGCUUCCUGAUGGCAUUGAAGGAGUUGAUAUCAUUAUUAGUGAAUGGAUGGGCUACUGUCUUUUCUAUGAGUCUAUGCUUAAAACAGUUCUUUAUGCCAGAGACAAAUGGCUGAAACCUGGGGGUUUGAUCUUUCCUGACAGAGCAACACUUUACAUCUGUGCUAUUGAGGACAGACAGUACAAGGAUGAGAAAAUCAACUGGUGGGAAAAUGUUUAUGGGUUUGAUAUGAGUGUCAUCAGACAAGUGGCAAUUGCAGAACCUCUUGUGGAUGUUGUGGAUCCGAAACAGGUGGUCACAAAUUCGUGUUUAGUCAAGGAAGUUGACAUUUACACUGUGAAGGAAGAAGAUCUUACCUAUACAGCUCCGUUCCACUUACAAUGCCGGAGAAAUGACUAUAUUCAUGCCCUUGUAUGUUUCUUUAACAUUGAAUUCACCAAGUGUCAUAAACGUACUGGAUUUUCUACAGCUCCAGAAUCUAGGUACACACAUUGGAAGCAGACCGUUUUCUACCUGGAUGAUUAUUUAACCGUGAAAAAGGCUGAGGAAAUAUUUGGCACAUUCACAAUGCAACCAAAUAAGAAGAACAGUCGGGACCUGGAUUUCACUGUUGAUAUUGACUUCAAGGGUGAACUUUCAGAGAUGUCGGAGUGUCUGCAUUACAAGAUGAGGUAGAUGAACAGCUAAGAGAAAGUGACUGACAAAAAUAAGACACUGAUGAUGUCAUUGAUGCCAGCAAUCCACUCCCACCCCUCCUUUCUUCUCUCUCUCACACACACCCUCCAAUUUCUAUCUUUGUGUUGUUCUUCCCAAGGAGGCAUGUGUGAGAAAUUCCCACAUUUAAAACAAACUUACAUCAUACAUUUGGUGGGAUCAACCCAAACACGACGAAUUCAAUACAAUUAAUAAUAAUAAUAAUAAUAAUAACAAUA